AUGGGGGACAAAAAUGGUUCUCUCCCCUCUUCAAUUAUUAUUCCUUCAGAAACAGAGUGCAAUCAAGAUGUGAAUCAUACGAUCCCUCUCACGGACUUCAAUUUAUCACAGCCAGUUCCUGAGAUCACUGAGAAGACAACACUGGAAGCAGUAGGCAUUAUAGCUGUCCUUACAGGAGUGACAUUCAUUAGUGUCUCCGGCUCAGGUAUUCUGACCACUGCGUUGCCACGUAUUGCUUUGGAUAUCAACCUUGACCAAGAUUUGAUAUUCUGGCCAGCAUCGGUAUACUCGCUCGCGGCAGGAUGCACUCUUCUACCUUUUGGGGCUCUUUCUAAUAUCGUGGGCUCCAAGCUCCUGUGGCUUAUUGGGAGUGGAUUCUCCUCUCUUUUUAUACUAUGCUGUGGGCUUGCCCGAACUGGCAUACAGUUCAUCAUUUUUCGAGCUAUUCUUGGCAUUUUUGUUGCCAUGUGUCUGCCCACAUCUAUGAGUUUGGUUACUGCCUCUUUCCCUCCAGGGUCUAAGCGCAAUGUUGCAUUCGCUGUCACCGGUGCAGACAUAAAGGUGCGAUAUACAUUUUCUCGGAGCAUACUGCAUCGAAUUGACUUGGUCGGAGUGAUCAUUCUCUCUACGGCACUUGCCCUUUUAUCUUAUGUUUUAGCUAUGAUCACCCUCAAUUACCAAAGGAUCAGUGAUGCGCAAAAUAUUGCCCUUUUGGUUAUAUCCGUUCUUCUCUUCCCAGUCUUCUCUGCCUGGGAGGGACAACAGGAACGGUUUCAAAAAGCAACAUUGAUCCCCAACUCAUUAUGGACCAAUACUCCAUUCCUACUAAUCUGUGUAUCCAUGUUUUUCACAUGGGCCGCCUUCAACGCCUUCCAAUAUCAAUCUAGUCUCUACUUCCAAGAUGUGCAGGAUCUAUCAGCCCUCCAGGCGUCUAUUCGAUUCCUCCCAAUGGCAGUGGUCGGUGUCCUCAUCAACUCUGUAACGGCAUAUUUGGUAACAAAGAUUAAUGUCAAUAUCUUGCUGGGUAUCUCUGCACUCAUAACCGCUGUUUCGCCCAUUUUGAUGGCCCUGUCAGAUCCAAAAUGGUCAUACUGGAAUUCAACUUUUGUUGCGAUAGUUUUGAGCCCAAUCAGUGGCGAUGUACUCUGGACAGUCUCGAGCCUCAUUAUUUCCCGUUCAUUUCCUAGCGACUCUCAGGGACUAGCAGGGGGUGUUUUCAGCACUAUAUCCCAGCUGGGUAACUCUGUUGGAUUGGCCAUCACAGCUGUUAUUGCAGCAUCCGUUACUGCUCAUAAACAGCAGGAUAACCCUUCACUUUCAGCGGAAACUCUACUCCUACAAGGCUAUCGCGCAGCGUAUUGGACUAUUUUGGCUGGAAUGAUUCUAGUUUGCUUGGCGAGCUCUGGCUUGCGACGGGUCGGGAAAGUCGGCAUCAAAUAUGACUGA